CCCUUGCGGCCGCGCUGCGGGGCGGAGCGGAGCGCGGCGCCGCCUCGCCCCCGCGGCCGCCGUGAGCUGGGCUGCGGCGGCGCCCGCGGCCGCUGGACGAUGGCGGCGCGGAAGAAGCGCGGGUGGCCGCGCGGCUGCUAAGUAGGGCAGCGGCGGGGCGGGGGCAGCGGCGGCGGCGGCGGCGGGGCCGUCGCGGCGGCUGCGCCAUGCGGGCCGGGCGCGGGGGGGCCGGCCGGGAGACGGCACCGGGGGCGGCGCGCCCUGCUGCUGCCCGCCGCGGGCCCCGGGGCGCCGGGGCGCUGAGCAACAGUUGGCCCCGCCGCCGCCCAGCAUGAAAGUGUGCCGGCGGAAGGCGCUGGCGCUGUGCCUGGGCUACGCGCUCCUGCUGCUCCUCGCCGCCCUCAACCUGCUGGAGUACAAGUGGCGGCGGGAGCCGCGGCGCUGCGGGGAGCCCCCGGCCGCCCCCCGCCACCGCCCCCCACCGCCGCCGCCGCCGCCGCCGGCCGGGAGCCGCGGUCCGGCCGGCGCCCGGCGGCAGCUGGUCUAUGUCUUCACCACCUGGCGCUCGGGGUCGUCCUUCUUCGGGGAGCUCUUCAACCAGAACCCCGAGGUCUUCUUCCUCUACGAGCCGGUGUGGCACGUCUGGCAGAAGCUGUACCCCGGGGACGCCGUCUCGCUGCAAGGGGCGGCCCGCGACAUGCUGAGCUCCCUGUACCGCUGCGACCUCUCCGUCUUCCAGCUCUACAGCACGGCGGGCGCUGGCAAGAACCUCACCACGCUGGGCAUCUUCGGGGCGGCCACCAACAAGGUCAUCUGCUCCUCGCCCCUCUGCCCGGCCUACCGCAAGGAGGUGGUGGGCAUGGUGGAUGACCGGGUGUGCAAGAAGUGUCCCCCGCAGCGCCUCAGCCGCUUCCAGGAGGAAUGCCACAAGUAUCGCACGCUGGUCAUCAAGGGCGUCCGCGUCUUCGACCUGGCCGUCCUCGCCCCGCUCAUGCGGGACCCGACCCUGGACCUCAAAGUCAUCCACCUGGUGCGGGACCCCCGGGCCGUUGCCAGCUCCCGCAUCAAGUCCCGGCACGGCCUUAUCCGGGAGAGCCUGCAGGUGGUGAGGAGCCGGGACCCCCGCAUCCACCGCAUGCCCUUCCUUGAUGCCGGCCACAAGCUGGGUGGAAAGAAGGAGGGUGGGGGCGGCUCGGACUACCAUGCCCUGGGUGCCAUGGAGGUCAUCUGCAGCAGCAUGGCCAAGACCCUGCAGACUGCUCUGCACCCCCCUGACUGGCUCCAGGGCAACUACAUGGCUGUGCGCUAUGAGGACCUGGUGGUCGAGCCCAUCAAGACCCUGCGGCAGGUGUACGGCUUCGUCAACCUGGCAGUCAGCCCAGAGAUGGAGAAGUUCGCCCUCAACAUGACCAGUGGCCCCGGCUACUCCUCCAAGCCCUUCGUGGUGUCGGCCAGGAACGCCACCCAGGCGCUGAGUGCCUGGAGGACUGCGCUCAGCUACCAGCAGAUCAAGCAGGUCGAGGAGUACUGCCACCAGCCCAUGGCCCUGCUGGGCUACGAGAGGGUCGGCAGCCCCGAAGAGGUGAAGGACCUCAGCAGAACGUUGCUCAGGAAGCCGACUGCUCUUGGGGGCGGCUGAGCCCUGCCGGGGAGAGAGGAGCCGCUCCGGCUGGCUUGAGUGAGGGAGGGAGCUGGGAAAAGCAACCUGGUUUCCGAUUUCCUCCCAAGACUGCUGAAGGGUAACAUACAGUAAUGUGAUGAUUUCUUUCUUUCUUUUUUUUUCUCAUCCCCCCCCCCCCCGCCUUGUAUUGGGUUAGAUGCGAUUAAAAAAAUAAAGUGGAACUGAAAAUAUGUGUAAAGGCCCUUUCCCUUUCUCUAAAAUGCCAGGCAGUGAUUCUGUACCAAAAUCUUGUUUAUGGAGUUCUUGUGGGUUUGAAGAUGGUAACAAAAACUCUUGCACAAUUCCUAACACAUCUUUAUUUCCCUUGGUGCGGAGGGGAUGCCCUUGGAAAGCAUAACGCUGAAAAUCAGACUUUUGUGUGAAAGCAAAUGUUCAGACAUGAUAGUAAUAAAAAAAACCAAUAAAUGAUAUUCAUUUUUAUAAUUACCUCAAUUGUUUGGGAAUUACAGCGUUGCGUAUGUACAGCUGGAGGGGAUGCUUGCUUAAAAUAGCAAUGUGGACUUUUUAAAGGGUAUGGGUGGAGGGCUGGAGUGCAACGUUUGACGUGUUCGAAGAUGAGGAGCUGCUCUUGCAGAAACAAGUACAGAUCUCACAAAUGUGGUUUAGGUUUUAUGGCUAUGUCAAAGCAGGUUUCUAUUUAACUAUUGUCUUUUUGUUGUAUUUAAAAAGUCUUUCAAGUGCCACUGUAUUAGUGUCCUAAGAGUUUUAAAACGUUUGCCAUCAUAGCAGUAUUUAUUUUUGUCUUGACAUGUAUGUCCAGGAGUCACUGUCAAAUAGAAGCGGAUCUGCAGUGUGAUAAGAAGUGCAGGAUUUAAAAAGACAUGUAUCAUACUGGAAACAUUAGCAUGUGUGAAAACAAAAAUAAAAUUAUAUAUAUUAUAUAUAUUCUAUAGUGCUAACAAUAGGUAAGAUAUGUAACGUAUUUCUUGAAUGGUGAUUGGUAACAGGCAUAACAGGGAAGCAUAGAAAAAUGGAUAAAAUGAUUUAUUUUUCCCCUUUGUAUAAAUGUCUGAGGGUAUAUUUAUGUACAAGGAGGGAGGAAAUGUGCAGCUGUGUGUUCAUAGCUAUAAUGGAGCUUUUACAGAGUAAACCUAGCGUUUGAUUUCAGUGCGCUGGUUAGAUGCUCGUUUCUUGUGAAUUGUCAUUGCUCUACGGUGGAGCCAGAUGGUGGUCUGGCUCUUUCUGGGAGCUUUGCCUAGAGACUCUGUCCCAUCGUUAAAACUUGAGGAGAAAAAAAAAAAAAAAAAAGAGAGAUUUUACUACUUCUGCUUUUAUAAUUUCCUGAAAAAGUCCUGGUUUAUUAAAGGUUAAGUGGUGUGUUGCAUAUGAGAAGUGCAGACACCUCAAGCAGUUUUUAAUCUUGGCGGUGUUCUCUGAUGCUCUUUGCAGGCUCAUUUUGGAACUUGAGUUUUUAAACAAAAGUGGUUUUGCCAAACUUCUCUUUGGAGACUAUAGACUUUUCUACAGGAAGUACAUUUUACAUUGCCUAUUUGGGUGUUGUGCCUUCAGAAAAUGUGAAGAGUAUGAAUAGGAAAAAGGAAAUUGAUUUGUGAAAAUAAAUUGAUAUAAACAGGAUGCUGAUAAGUGUGUGUGUGUGGGUAUGUGUGAAAUUUUAGUGAUGUGUAAUAUGUCUAUUUCUUGUAUUAGUACUUUAAGUUAAACAGGUGAUAACCGGCUACUAAGCGAUUUGAGUUCUUGAUGAAAUUUUGGCAUUAGAUGUUGAACUUUGAAAAGGAAACAUUUAAUAAACUAGUUAAAAGAUUAUUGC